AUGAUCAGAAGAAAAGCUAGAAGCAGCAGCAACGACCUCGACUUGGCCACGGUGAAAGCCGCCGCAUGGGCAUGGCAUCAGCAUGGAUCAAACUCCGAUCAGAAGCCCAAUAUCAGUGAAUUUUAUCUCCGGAGAGCUCGCAGAUCAGCUCCGAAACCAUCUCGAUACAAGCUUGAAGCCCUCAAGAAAGCCCGAGAAGCCGUGAAGGGAUCACGCAGUCCAGACGAUUGGGUCAAUAUCACUCUUCUUGAUACUCAUGAAAUCCAAAGAAUUUCCCAACAACUAGACCAUCUCAAAAACCAGUCUCAUUUUAAGGUCAACAUUAAAGUUCACGGCGACUCUCUUGCUGAUAAUGAUGGAAGUCUCGUGAAGAUGAUGAUAAGGAUGAAGAACAAGAAGAAGAAGUUAAUUGAAGGGUUUUGGCCAAUUAGGCAAGCUGUGAGAUGUGGUUCAACGAAUGAUGUCGCGGUGAAUGCAAAUAGAGUUUUUAGGGAUGGGAGAUCAAGGGAGGAGCAUAUAUAA